AGUAUAGGCAACUAUAUAAACGCCGAUAGAAGUUGAGACAAACCUGCGGAUAAAUUAAGGUCUUCUAUUUUUUUAUUUUAGGACAUGUUGUUUCAGGUAAGACAACUCUUUUGGAUAAAAUUAGAAUUGCUAAAUUUCAAGUGGGCGAAGCAGAUGGGAUGACAUAAUAUAUUGGUACUAAAUUCUUUCGAGCAAAAAAAAAUGAAAGAGGAGCUAACAACAUAAUAGUCUUAUUAAGUUGAUUUCAAUAAUUCUUUAUUCUUAAUUAGUGAUACAUCUGGCAUGAAUCAUUUUUCAACUUAAUAAUUUUAGGGUUUUCAUUAUGUGAUUUAGCCAUUUUUUGUCAUUGAUUUAAUGCAUGGAUUAGAAAAUUAAAAUGGCUUUAGAAUUACGACAGAUUAGAAAAACUACAUUUGUUAUUGCAAUAAACAUAAUUGAUA